UUUGCGUCUCGACGUCGUGCGCGCCGACAAAGAGCCGCGCUGCUUUAUCUCACGUUUAUCUCCUUUAUCGCCGGUAACAACGCCUAAAUGACGCUGCUGGCAUAAUAAUAUUGCGCCGAACAAUGAACGCGGGCGAUAACGUGAACAAAAAAGUGCGUCCCUUGCCGUACCGUAUAGGUUAAGUCCAAGAUUGUACCGAGCGAGGCGUGGGACACGAGUGUGUCUAAUACCGCGCGAACCGUCCGUUUGCGUCCGGUUCGUGCAGUUUCCUGCGUUUGAAUCCACUUCCUGAUGAGCGAGGCGGAGGAGCCUCGUGCCACGAAGGAGAACAUGAUCCUGGAGGCGAAAGCCGCCCCGCGUGACGAGAACGAGAAUGGCAGGGAAGAGCGCGCCCUGGACAUUUCCACGUCGAAGAUGAUGCACGAUGACCUCGUGAAGGAGCUGCUGGAUCACGUGGCUGGCAGCCAGGCGAUCUUCAAGAGCCAGCAGAAAGGAGAGCCCGAGCUGACGUUCGAGGAGAAGCGCACCAUAGCCGGGAAGCUGCUGGGCAAGAGCCGGUGCUCGUUCCUGGCCAAGUUCGGGCAUCACCUGAAAGCCGAGCACCUCGAGCACUUCGGCGGGAGCGAGGAUUACGAGACGGUCUACCACGUGAACCGGCUGCGGCGGUACUUCAACAACUCCACGCGCCGCAUCGACGUCAGGAACAGGAGGUACGAGGCGCUGAAGCGGCUGAUCGAGAAGGGCGAGUACUUCAGCGAGUGCGAGAUGAUGAAGAGGAACCCGUUGCUGUACGAGCACCUGGUGGGCCAGUACCUGACGGACGAGGAGAAGAAGGCCAGGGACAGCAUCGACACACGCAACGCGAAUUACGUGGACAUACUUAUGGAGACUGUCGAGAGGGACACGCUGGAGAAGCGGCUGAAAUCUCAGCAGAAGGAGGAGGACGAAGCUCUGGAGGAAAAUGACUCGGAUGAGGAUGAUGAUGAGAAUGACGAUUGUGGUGAUGCUAAUGAUAGCAGAGACAAUGUUGCGUCCGACACAACGAACUCUGAUAAACAGGUUCAUGAACACUGGGGGACUUUAGAUGAAUCCUCUCGUUGUAAGGAUAAGAAAAUACAGAGUAGUAAGGUGCAGCAAAUGAUUUCGAGCCAAGAGAUACAGUUAUUUAGGCAAGAAUUCGUUACGAACAUGUAUCAGAGUUUCCUGGAUGGUAAAGAUAGAGAUUUCGAUUAUAGCACUGUGGACGACAAUGAGACUUAUGAUAACGUGGAAUUGAGAAAUCGAGACGAGGAAGAGAAGUACUUCGAUUCUGAAGAACCUGAAACCGUUCUUCCUUGUAACGAGCAGAAUGAAAGCGAGUCUGAGGAUGAGCUGGAUGUAUAUAUGAGAACACUGAAGCCAAUGACGCCUGCCAUAACGGGGAUGGAGGAGCAAGAGAAGCUGUUGGAGGAUGCGAUCGGCGUCGUAAAAGUUCAGGCAUUCCAGAUGAAGCACUGCCUGGACAAGUCCAAGCUGAUGGACGCGCUGAAACACGCCUCUACCAUGCUGGGCGAGCUCAGAACUUCGCUUCUCAGUCCAAAGAGCUACUACGAAUUGUACAUGGCAAUCACUGAUGAACUGCGGCACUUGGAGCUUUACCUGCUGGAUGAAUUUCAAAAAGGGAGGAAAGUCACGGAUCUCUACGAGCUGGUGCAGUAUGUCGGCAAUAUCGUGCCCAGGCUCUACUUGCUGAUCACCGUCGGUUUGGUUUACAUCAAAACUACCCCGGGAUUAAAGAGGGAUUUACUGCGAGACCUCGUGGAGAUGUGCAGGGGUGUGCAGCAUCCCCUGCGCGGUCUCUUCCUGAGAAAUUAUCUGUUGCAAUGCACGAGGAACAUCUUACCGGACGUUGCCGAGGGCGACGACGAGGACGGAACCGUUCGUGACAGCAUAGAUUUUGUUCUGAUGAAUUUUGCAGAGAUGAAUAAGUUAUGGGUACGCAUGCAGCAUCAGGGUCACAGCAGGGAUAGGGAGAGGAGGGAGAGGGAGAGAGAGGAGCUUAGAAUUCUAGUGGGAACGAAUCUCGUGCGGCUCAGUCAGCUGGAAUCUGUAACGUUAGAUAAAUACAAGAAGCUCGUGUUGCCGGGGAUCUUGGAGCAAGUGGUCAGCUGCAGAGACGCAAUCGCGCAGGAAUAUCUCAUGGAGUGUAUAAUACAAGUUUUCCCAGACGAGUUCCACCUGCAAACGUUAAACGCAUUUCUGAAGUCCUGCGCGGAGUUACAGAACGGAGUGAAUGUUAAAAAUAUAAUUAUAUCGUUAAUUGAUCGACUGGCAGCUUUCAGCCAACGGUCCGACGGUGUAGGAGGUCCGGGUAGCCCCAGUCAAGUGCCGGGAAUUCCACAGGACGUCAAGCUCUUCGACGUGUUCAGUGAUCAAAUCGCAACUAUUAUUCAGACGAGGCAAGACAUGCCGCCUGAAGAUAUCGUGUCCCUCCAAGUAGCCCUCAUAAACUUAGCGCACAAAUGCUACCCCGAUCGAGUGGAUUACGUAGAUAAAGUUCUGUUCACGACAGUUCAAAUAUUCCAGAAGCAGAAUGUCGACAAACUCGAGUACAACAGUGCCGUCUCGAGAGAGUUAGUGAGAUUAAUGAAAAUCCCUGUGGACAAUUACAAAAACAUAUUAAUCGUACUAAAGCUCGAGCACUACGCGCCACUGUUGGAUUAUUUCGAUUACGAGGGCAGAAAGUCGCUCGCCAUUUAUAUAAUAACGAACAUUCUGGAGAACGAAACGUUGAUACCGGCGCAGGAGCAGGUAGACGCGGUGCUCUCUAUGGUGUCCCCCUUAGUGCAGGACCAGCCGGAUCAACCCAACAUAGAGGAGGAUCCCGAAGAUUUCGCGGAGGAGCAGGGACUGCUCGGCAGGCUGAUACAUCACUUCAAAUCGGAAACGCCGGAUCAGCAGUACAUGAUACUGAGCGCUGCGAGGAAGCACUUCAGCACUGGCGGUAACAAGAGGAUAAAGUACACCUUACCGCCCAUCGUUUUCCAAAGUUAUCAGCUGGCCUUUACGUACAAAGCGCUGAAAGACCAGGACGAGAUGUGGCAAAAGAAGUGUCAAAAGAUUUUCCAGUUCUGUCACACGACCAUCACCGCGCUGAUGAAGGCCGAGCUUGCCGAGCUGCCGCUAAGGCUGUUCCUGCAGGGCGCGAUCGCGAUCGGCGAGAUCCGCUUCGACAACUUCGAGAUGGUUGCUUACGAAUUCAUGAGCCAGGCGUUCUCGAUAUACGAGGACGAGAUUAGCGACUCGAAGGCGCAGCUCGCCGCGAUCACCCUGAUCAUCGCCACGUUUGAGCAAAUGAGCUGCUUCGGCGAGGAGAAUGCGGAGCCGGUGCGGAAUCAGUGCGCCCUAUACGCCAGCAAGUUGUUGAGGAAGCCCGACCAGUGUCGAGGAGUCGCUACUUGCUCGCACAUAUUCUGGUCGGGGAAAUCCUUGGCCACGGCCGGGAAAGAGAUGCAGGAAGGUGGCAAAGUGUUGGACUGCUUGAAGAAAGGCAUCAGAAUAGCGAGCCAGUGCAUGGACACGUCGGUGCAGGUGCAGCUGUACGUGGAGCUGCUGAACCAUUACAUUUACUUCUACGAGAAGGGAAACACAGCCGUGACCGUGCUGAUACUGAACCAGGUGAUCGCGAAGAUACGGGAGGAGCUUCCCAAUCUAGAAGCCAGCGAGGAGACGGAGCAGAUACAGAAGCACUUAGCGAACACGUUGGAACACUUGAGGAAUAGAAUGGAGUCGCCGGAUUCUGAUGGACUUUCUUAUCAAGGCCUAGUCCUUUAACGGCGCGAAAGCGGCACACUGUAAUUUUGUAUAUAAAGAAUUUCUAGAAUAUGGACAAUAUUUUGGCUGGUUGCGGCAACAUCGAUUAACGUCGAUCCUGAUGAAAGUUGAUUUUUAUUCUGCACUUUUUUAAUUGUAGAAAAUAUUAUGGCACGGCGAUGAACGACGCGUGCGAACUACUGAUUUCGGAUCAUUAAUCAUGAUUGUUGUUGCAACUGAUGAAUAUUUCUGGGAUUAUUUCUCAGUUUGUAGAUUGGAUGUUUAAAUAUCGAGUUGCCUACACGAGAUUAUUUGUUAAUGAUGUAAUAAUGGCGUACAUAUAAUAAUUAAUAGAAUUGUAUGUAUAUUUGUUUUAAUUAAAAUUUACUAUAUA